UCCGACCCGACCCGACCCGACCCGAGAUCGCUUUCUCUUCCCAUCGCUUCUCUUCUCCACACGAACUCAUCCUCGGGAUAAAGCUAAAUACCAAGCAGAAAAAAAGGGGAAUCCUUUCCUCUGUUCGUUCUCCGCUGCACCGCCCGAAUCGAUGGGGAUUAGGGCUCCGCCGACGAGCAUGAGGCUCGCGCCGCCGCCGGCCUCAGCCAGCUUCCGCCGGGCCGCCCUCAAGACCCCCUUCCUCAACGGCAGCGUUUCACUUAGAGUUGUGCAAGUACGACAAACAAAUGUCAACAGAUUUAAGUGCAAUAGCAUACAGAGUAACCUCUUUGAUAGACUAUCUAGGGUUGUCAAGUCCUACGCAAAUGCAGUUCUAAGUUCAUUUGAAGACCCUGAGAAGAUCCUCGAUCAAGCUGUUCUGGAGAUGAACGAUGACUUAACAAAGCUGCGGCAGGCCACUGCACAGGUCUUGGCAUCUCAAAAGCGGCUUGAGAAUAAAUACAAAGCUGCGGAACAAGCUGCUGCUGAUUGGUAUCGGAGGGCUCAACUUGCUCUGCAAAAGGGCGACGAGGAUCUUGCCCGUGAAGCCCUUAAGCGGCGUAAAUCAUAUGCUGACAAUGCAAGCUCCUUAAGGUCCCAGCUUGAUCAGCAGAAGGGUGUAGUUGAAAAUCUCAUUUCAAAUACCCGGAUUCUUGAGAGCAAGAUAGCAGAGGCCAAACAGAAAAAGGAUACCCUAAAAGCCCGUGCUCAAUCAGCGAAGACUUCCACGAAAGUGAGUGAAAUGUUGGGUAAUGUAAAUACAAGUAGCGCCCUUUCUGCAUUUGAGAAAAUGGAGGAAAAAGUUAUGGUGAUGGAAUCCCAAGCAGAGGCACUCGGUCAGUUAGCAACCGAUGAUCUAGAAGGAAAGUUUGCACUGCUUGAGACUUCAUCUGUUGAUGAUGAUCUUGCACAAAUGAAAAAAGAACUGUCCGGAAGCUCUUUGAAAGGAGAGCUUCCUCCAGGUAGAACAGCAGUCAGCAGCUCAGGUGCAGCGCGUCCUUUCCCCGACCUAGAGAUUGAGAAUGAGCUAAAUGAGCUGCGGAUGAAGGCUAAAGAAUAUUAGAUUCCAAAAUUCUUUUCGAUGCAAGGCCCGACGAAUCUCAUAACUGAAGAAUCCCAGAAGAUAGUAUAGCCGCAGAUUUAUCCAUUGUGCCUUUGAAACUCAUGUGCGCCUUGUUCGUUAAAGUGUGGAAGCGUGCAGAUUUCACGGCAUUUUUCCUGCGAGUGACAUUGUACAGUUAGCCAUAAAUUGAUGUAAAUCACUACUCGCUCUAGAGCUUUUUUUGCAUACUAUAAUCAAAAUUCUAAAGUUUUCGUC